AUGUCUCCUAGUGUCCGUUUUGAACCACCCAGUAGUUCUUCAUGGGAAAAUCUUCGUUUCUCCCUUGAAUUUUGUCUAGGCCUUAAUUCUAAGGAGCAAGAAGCAGUGAUGGAUGAGAUAUAUAAGGACCUCACUAUAUACUAUGGUUAUAACCAAGGAUUUAUGAUGCACUUAUCUUUAACCAUUAAUCAGAUUGUUGUUGUGCAUCUUCGGGCGAAGUUAUGUAGCAUCGCACCGUUGGAUGACAUGGAGACGAGGCAUAUUUGGGCGAACUUAUGUAGCAUCGCAGCUGUGGAUGACAGGGAGACGAGGCAGUCGGAGAGCGCGAAGGUUGACGAGGUGGUCGUGCAGGGUGGUGGUGGUGAGGAGAAUUGUUGUGUUUGUUUUGAGGAGUUAGCUAAUCAAGAGCAAUUGGUGGGAUUGUCUUGUAAACAUGUUUUUCACGAGGGUUGUAUUGUUAAGUGGCUUGGGAAUAGCCUCUCUUGUCCACUUUGCCGUUUUAGGUUGGAUGCUGUUUUGUCGUGA